UUUUUUUUUCUUUUUCUUUAGCAUAAGAGAAAAAGAGGAUUCUUCUAUCAUACGCUAUUUUUCUGUUGCAAUAUAAAUUAAUUUUAAUCUUGGUUUAAUUUUUUUUUAAUUUUUAGAAUUAAUUAAUCCAUGUUUAAAGAUGAAUUUCCAAAAAUAGCACAGAAUAUUUAUCAUAAAUAUUCAUAAAUAUUCAUAAAUAUUUUACAAAUUUAUUUUCCAAAAAUAUUUUUUAAAGAUUACAAUAUUUUAUAAAUAUUUUAUAAAUAUAUUUUGUGCUAUCUGGGUUGUUUUAUAUAAAAUAAAAGUGUGUUAAUUAAAAUCUGGUUAAACUAAAUUAAAAGUUUGUAAGUUGUAAAACUGAUGGGCUUUGCUGAUUAAUAAAAUUCUAAAUUUGAAAUUCUUAUUUUUAAUAUUUAAUGUUCUUUUAUUGUGUGCAAGACCAUAAAUAGUUUAAUUUUUAAGAAUAAUUGUAUUUAAUUUUAAAACCUCAUGUAAAUCGGCUUUAAUGGAGCGAAAAAAAAUGCAUGCAAUCCCGCACGAAGGUUUCUCCCAUCUCGCGUAAUUGUCGCGUCCGACAGCGACAGCUCGAAUCAGCUGAUAUCAGUAGUAUCAGUACCAACCGAUACCUGCCGGAUGUUAGUCACAGCAAAAAGAUCGUUCGUUCGAUCAUGCCGCCCUGCAAAUCCCCUGCUGCACGUUUGCGAAAGUGUUUAACGGGGGAAACGUUAUUGCAGAUAAUAUGACGAAUGAGAGUGGCGUCAGUCGCUGGCGGUUAAACAAACAUUUGUAGAAGGGUCUUUGCGUAGGUUAGGCGAGCUACUCUCUAUCUGUCAAACCACGUACAGUGAGAUGGAUAAGCACAUGUAUCUAUGGAGAGGCGCCGACAAAUUGUCCUACACGUUCGACGACAAACCGAACGGCGUCAUUUCCAAGCUCGUCACCGUCAAGGAUCACAUUUUCGCGGCGACUACGACCAACAGCCUCUACCACGGGGAGGUGUCACUUCGCGAGGACGCCUCUUCCGCGCUCGUUUUCAAACGGGUCCAGUUCGAUGUCGUCGACCUGGCAUCCAAUUCCGAACACCUGUUCGUCGCCAACACUAGCGGACAUGUUUUGAAAGUAAAUCCUCAGGACAUGAGUGUUGUAGACUCAAUCAUUCUCAAGGAGGAAGUAAAGUAUUGUAGCCAUGGAUACAAAGAAGAAAAUGAAGUAGUGAAAGUGAAAUUUAUAGCAGUUAGCGAUCAAGCGGCGUUAUUUGUUACAGACAGUGGACAGUUAUGGGCUAGUGGUAAUCAACCGCAGAUAGACAUAAGUAGUACAGAACCAAAGAAAGUUAAAUUUUUUGAAGGUAGAACAGUAUCUGAGAUUGCUUGUGGUUCUAAUUUUAAUGUGGCUGCUGUGAGAAAAACUACCAAACUUAUGAAAGAUGACACGGAUAGUGAAAACGAGUUGGAAGAGGAAGUCUUUAUUAAUUCCUGUCCACAAUGUCUUAAUAAUGUAAUGUUAAGUCCUGGAAGUGUAACGUCAUCAGACACAUGUCUCACUGGUCAUCAUGCACAGCAGUUCAGCGAAGAUCGUUCGACAAAUUCUAUCAGCGCCCUGUCCACUGCCAGUAAAGAGCACAUUCCUCUGCCAGAAAUGGACAAGAAGGAACAGCAAUCGUCUGACAUUGUUGAAAAUGGCGAGGAAUGUCUAAAUAAUUUAACAGAGUCUGAUAAAGAUGAGAAGAGAAAUGUUAUAUUUAUAAACACAGAGACCGCUCGACAAUUUCUAACCAGGCAACUGUCUUGGGUUUCAUCCUAUGGAAGUGGAAAGGAAGACAUACCCAUGGAAAGUGUUGAUCGGUCAACAAGAUUGAUAAAGCAAAAUGUCUCAAAUAUGGCGAACUUAGUGUAUGAAGGGGUUAAGAAUGUAGGUGGUAAAGUUGUAACUUUAUCUAGACAUAUGAGUGGUAGUUCCGAUAUUAAUGAAUGCAAGGCUGAUAGCAAUGAACACUUAGAAGAACAAGGAGAUACUUAUACAAAGCCUACUGCAACUAGUUUGGCACUGAGCUUGCGUUGCGAAGAGUUUCCUUGGUCAUCGAGUACUGGCUCCUCUGAACACGAAUUAUCCCAGCACGGCUUGAACGAAAGGAUUAAUACAUUGUCUCGUACUGGUAGCAACAUAUUGGCGACAGAACUCUGGACGUGGGGUGAUGUACAGUAUGGACAAUUGGGAACGGGAGAUAUUAUUAAACGACCAAGGCCUGUAUUAGUAACAAAGCUCAGCCAUACUGGUAUUAGAAAGAUAUCUUGUGGUGCCUUCCAUGUACUUGCUUUAACAUUGGACGGCAGAGUAUUUGCGUGGGGUCGCAAUAACUUUAAACAGGUCACUUUGCACACUACAGUAGAUCAAAGCGCUCCUCAAUUGUUCACCACAAAAUUAUCUUCCAAUGAAAGAGCUAUCGAUAUGGCAGCUGGCAAUUUCCAUAGUUUAAUAAUGAUGCACCAUGGUUUAUAUUUUAUCGGACAAUCGAGCAAAGUCGGGGAUAUGUUUCAACUUGACAUACAAAAUAAGGAAGGAUCAAACAGUCCGAGAGAGAUUUUUAGUUCUGGGCAAUACAGUUGUUGUUCUGUGAUAAACGAACCGGCAAUAAAUGUAUCAGAAGAUUUGAUAAAUGAUCAGAUUUUUUUGGAAGAAAUGUUGACUGUUUAUCAAAAUCUCAUUAAGCCGUUUCAAAAGAAAAGCGGCGUGACCCAGGAAGCCAAUGUAUAUGAAACACUGUGUCGUUGUUAUGCAGAGUUGAUGCAUUUUAGCGUUUUAAAUGUCAUAAGUUUGUGGGAUUAUUUUAAUCAUAUUGGAGAAGCAUAUGAAGUCACAAUUGUUGCCAAUAUAGAAGAAUUUACUACAGUAUAUAAAUACUAUUUGAAUGCAAUUUGCGAUGUUAUAUCUCUUGGUGGUUUUAUGCAUAUUGCAAAAGUUAUUGAAGUGCCACAAGUAGUAUCAAAUUUAUUUGUAUAUAACUUAAAAAGUAAUGAUAUAAAAAAACAUAACAAUGAAAUUGUUAUAACAAUGGCAUUACAGCAUCCUUUAUGUAAAUUAAAUAGAUACAAGAAUAUGAUUCAUAGUCUAAUAAAAAGUAACGGCAUAAAAAUGGGUGUUGAACGAUUACAAGAAGCUCUUAUAAAAUGGGAACAAGUACAUGACGAACAAGAUAAACGUCAAAAAGAGGCAGAAGCUACGAAAUUAUUUUGGGAAAGUUCCGGAAAGCUAGGAGAAUCGCUAAGAUCUCCCAAUAGAAGACUUAUUCGAGAAUCAAGAACGUAUCCGCUAUCGAUACUCAAUUCUGGUAGAUUUUCAUCGCAUUGGUUUAUUUUAUUAACAGAUAUUUUCAUACAUGUCACUGGCACUACACAUACAAUUCACCCGCUUCGAACGUUAUGGGUGGAACUUUUACCAGACUCUGAAAGUGUACAGAAUGCUAUAUCGGUUGGUGCUCCAGAGGAUAAUUUCGUAUUAUACACUCCUACUCCUUCCGAACGCAAUGAAUGGUUACAUGCUUUACAAAAUACUAUAAAGUGUAGUUUACAAAGAGUGAUCGGAAAUGUGCCUCCACUAGCACGAACCAGCUCAUUCUCCUUUAUAAAACAUAAUGUUUUUAAAGAUGCGAAAUAUUCUGGACGAUGGUUAAAUGGCAAACCACAUGGGUCAGGGAAAUUGGAAUGGUCAGAUGGUCGUACAUAUGUAGGCCAGUUUCAUAAGGGUGUUAUUCAUGGUACCGGAAAGAUGGAAAUUCCAGCGCAAGGUGUAUAUGAAGGACAAUGGAAAGACGGCCAGCAAAAUGGAUAUGGAACAAUGAAGUACAUCAAUGGAGAUGUUUAUGAAGGAUAUUUUAAAGAUGGGUUACCUCAUGGUCAUGGUGUUAAAAAAGAAGGCCACUUUAUGGCGUCAAUUGCAUCUGUUUAUAUUGGAGAAUGGGCUGUUGGUGUUAAACAAGGUUAUGGAAUAAUGGAUGAUAUAAUGACAGGUGAAAAAUAUCUUGGGUCAUGGAGUAAUGGCAUGAAACAUGGUAAUGGUUUGAUUGUGACACUCGAUGGCAUUUAUUAUGAAGGUGUUUUUACGCAAGAUGUCUUAACGGGUCAUGGAGUAAUGGUAUUUGAAGACGGCACGCAUUAUGAAGGCGAAUUUAAGUCCGCUGGUAUAUUUUGUGGAAAAGGUACAUUAACAUUCCGAAGUGGCGACAGAUUAGAAGGCAACAUGAAUGGUGCAUGGAAUGAAGGUGUCAAAGUUAUUGCUACAUUGCAUAUGAAUAAAGCUAGUGGAACUGCACAAUCUAAUUCAAAACCUGCAUCUUUUGGAAAACUAUGUGUAUCUCCAGAUCAAAAAUGGAAAGCAAUAUUUAAACAAUGCUAUCAACAACUGGGUGUAUCUGAACCAAUCACCAAAAAUUCCAGUUAUAAUGAGAAAUCUGUAGAAACGCAAAAAGUAUGGCAAAAUGUUGCUAGUAUAAUAACAAAAUCUCAUCAAAAAACAUUGCAACGAAAAAAAUUAUCUGUCAAUAAUUCAAAUAUAAAAGAAAGAAGUAGCGAAACUAUCGAUCAGUUGGAUAAGAUACCAGGCUUUGGACGAGACAAACUCACCAAUCAGACUUAUAAUGAAAUUCAUAAGUAUUUAGUGAAAGCUUUUGAAAGUCCGCAUCAUCCAUUGGGCGCUCUAUUAACAGAAAUAGCUGCAGUAUAUACAGCUACUUAUGGUGGAGUAAGAGUACAUCCGUUAUUACUUAGCCAUGCAGUGUCAGAGCUUCACAGUAUUACAACAAGAAUAUAUGAGAUUGUGCUUCUUCUAUUCCCGGCUCUGCCACGUUGUGGCAAGGAAUAUGUUCUUGAAACUGAUAGUGAAGAAGAGCAAGUCAUAAGCGCUGCCGCAAUACUUCAUCCGAUAUUACUGCCACGUGUACAUUCAGCACUUUUUGUAUUAUACGCCUUACAUAAUAAAAAGGAAGAUGAUGCAUACUGGGAAAGAUUAAUGAAAUGGAAUAAGCAGCCUGAUAUUACUCUAAUGGCCUUUCUUGAAAUUGACCAGAAAUUCUGGAAAACUACGAAUGUAAUGAGCAUUUCAGACAAUUCAUUACCAUAUCAGCAUGAACCAUAUUUCAGUGAGGCUGUAGAAACAUUACAGCAACUUAAAACAACUUUUUCACCUUUAGAAAAGCUGUUAGUGGUCAAAAAUACAUUUGAACAAAUGACACAAGCAGUACAAAAACAAUUAGGGUCUACGUAUCUGUGGACGAUGGACGAACUGUUUCCAGUGUUUAGUUUUGUUGUAGUACGUGCCAGUGUGUUACAACUAGGGAGUGAGAUACAUUUUAUUGAGGACUUCAUGGAGCCAUACUUGCAAAAUGGAGAACUUGGCAUUAUGUUUACUACACUUAAGGCAUGUUAUUACCAAAUAUUACAAGAAAAAACGAACAUGGGCGAUUAAAGUCGAUGUCUCUACAAAUAUAUGGUACAAUGAAAUGAUCAAUACAGAUAUGAAUAAGAGAUAUACAUAAGAAUAAGAUUACAUCCGCAUAAAAACACGUAAAAA